GCAUCAUACAAAUUUGUUCAUCCGCGGAAACAUGACUACAAUUUGGAGUUCGAUGUUAAAAGGGGAAACGCUCAGGAUAAGUUCUUUUUCGUUUCGAAAUGCUGUGAGACCGUUUUCCACCAUCGACGCUAACAGAAAUACGAUCGUAGAGCUACCAGGCCUUGGAAAAAUUAAAGGCUCCAUAACUGAGGGUGCAUGGACUGGAACAAAAAUUUACCAAUUCCUAAACAUUCGGUAUGGUGAACCAGCGAAUGGUAUAAGGCGCUUCAAACCACCGGUUCCCGUUCAGGGAUGGAAAGAUAUAUUGGAUGUCAGCAAGCCAAAACUUGGAUCGCCUUCAUAUUCUGACAUGAAACUGUAUACCCCAGUACAGUUAGCUCAAAACCAAGAGGAUUGCCUCAAUGUUUCCGUUUAUACCAAGGAUACUAGUGGUAAGAAACCUGUGAUUGUUUACAUCCACGGAGGGCUGUUCGUUACUGGAGCAGCUAGUCACUUCCCUCCGAAUUAUAUUAUGGAGAAAGACGUCGUUUUGGUCGUGCCUCAGUACCGGUUGGGUCCUUUAGGUUUUCUAUCAACAAGGACAGAAAAUAUUCCCGGAAAUGCCGGCAUCCAUGAUGUGAAGUUAGUGUUUGAAUGGGUUCAGAAGUAUAUUUCGCAGUUUGGAGGAGAUCCAAAUCAGGUUACAGCCAUGGCACAAUCAUCCGGUGCUUCGAUGGUAUCUUCCAUGCUCUACAGUCCGGCAAUCGACACCGAGAAACUUUUCCAUAAGCUCAUUUUGCAGUCUGGCUGCUGCUUUACUUCCUGGAGCUACGAUCAUACGCCCAUAGAAAACACCCGAGUCAUUGCUGAACUGGCUGGCUGUGAUCCGAAAGCGAAUCUGGAAGAACUUGAACAAUUCCUGAUGAAAGUUGAUGUGUACCAACUAAUGAAGGCGUUCUCGAAACAAUAUCGGAUGAAUCUUGUGAACAAAGGGAUUGAUAAGAUUGGCGGUUGUCGAAUCGUGUUAGACUGUUCGCAUGGAUUAUUCCCACAGUUGCCGUAUCAAGCCAUGCGCAAGGGAAUGGUUCGAAAAAACCUUCCUAUGCUCGUCGGUACUACAAAACAUGAUGGGACAUUUGCCAUGGUGGACAUCUUUCUUUGCUUAGCACAAAAGAAGCUCCGAGGUGCAACUUCAGUUCAUUUGCAUUUACUUAUUGAUGAGAUGAAUCAACUUAUGGGCAUAGACGAUCCCUCAUGCGUAGUUCGAUCGCUGCAAACUGCACUAUUCUACGGUGACGAGACAUUAGCGAAAAAUGAUCUCACGAAGCUAAUGCCUGGAUUGUCAGACGCUGCAGCCACUUCCCUGAUGAAGGGCCCUGUACUGAAACAGGCACAGGUGAACGCAACUUAUCAACCGAAUGAUACAUUUUUGUACAGCUUCGACUACGCCGGAGAACACACUAGAUUUGGUUUCGGUCUAGACACUUCACAGUUUCCAUUUGGAGGAGGUGUUCAUCACUGUGAUGAUUUAAUAUAUCUGUUCCCAUAUCCUCCAGAAGCAUCGAAUCUCAAUGAAGCUGAUUCGCAGAUUGCAAAAAAGACGGUUGAUCUGUGGACUUCCUUUGCUACUGAUGGCAUUCCUCGGGCAGAAGGAGUACCUGAUUGGCCCAGCAUGAAUCGCGUUUGUGGACCUUACAUGAAAAUUGACGAAAAUUGUACAAUCGGUGAAAACUAUCUAAAUGAAUUCACAACGACUUCGCAAGACCCGUCCAGUAUAGCAAAAGAAACCAAAAGUCGAACUAAAAAGGUUUCGUCCAAAACACAGAACGAGCAACAGCGGGAGGCCAUCAAGCAGUGAAAUUGUUUAGUAUUUAUUUUUCUAAUGAACCCAUGAAUCAAAUAAAAUAAGU